GUGUCAAUCGCAAAUCGGGAUUGUAUACUGAACUUAUGAGAUUCAAUUCAAAAUGGAAGUCAAAAGUUUCGUAGCAUUUUGUGUAUUCCUUUUAGGGAUAGAUGGGACAGUGGGUGAUGUGAAAAGUAGUUUAACUUUCGUUAUAGAUGAUACUGCCUCGAUGAGUGAUGAUAUAGAACAAGUGAAAAUAGGUGCGAAUGCAAUAUUUGAUACUGUGACUGGGUCAAAUUUUUCGCAAAUUGAUGAUUUUGUGCUAGUGACUUUUAACGACCCUGCUAGUUUAACUCAACUUCGUACCAGGACGAAAACCAGAAAUAAUUUCAAAAGCACUUUAAGCUCAAUCAAUGUGGAUGGUGGUGGUGAUUGUCCCGAGUCGGCCAUGUCUGGAAUCAAAAUGGGUCUCCAGAACAGCCGAGAGGGGUCUUCCAUAUAUGUGUUUACUGACGCCUCGGCUAAUGAUUACAAAUAUUAUGAUGAAGUUGAAGCUCUUAGUCAGAAAAUGGGAUGUCAGAUUGUUUUUGUACUAACCGGUUAUUGUUCGGAGUCGGACAAGAAGUCGAAAGGAUACUUGGUUUAUAAAGACCUCGCCAAUGCUACCAACGGACAAGUGUUUCAUUUAGAAAGAAAAAGUGAAAUCGGAGAGAUUCUGAAGUAUGUGCAAAAAACUAUAGAGAGCCGACAUAACGUCCUGAAAAGUAAAGAUUUUUCUCCUGGCUACGGACAUACAUUUGACAUUCCAGUGGACGCGGAUACGAAGGAAUUAGUGAUUGCGGUAUCAGGGAAGAACCCUGCGGUCAGCGUGACGGAUUCCGGAGGCACUAAGUGGCCUACUACUGAUAUCACCAGGCUGAGCGAAAUUGCCGUGGUGAAAGUAGUAGACGUGAAACCCGAUGUGUAUACGGUGGAGGUCGGUAGUGAGGACGAAACGCAUGUGGUCGUGUCUGGAUCCACCACGGUGCACUUCCAACAUGGCUUCUCCACUGUCAGGCCUUCGAACAUCAAGGAGACUGUCACCAGGCCUGUGCCAGGAGUACCGUCUCACCUCUCGAUAAAAUUAUCUUCUGAAGGAAACGUCGUAUUAGACACAGUUCAGAUACUGGAUAUGAACGAUAAAGUGAUGUCGACGACAAAGCUGACUCUUGUCGAUAAAACCGAACAAUUUUAUACCACCGAGAAGAUGGACCCGCCAGAUCAUAUGUUCAAAGUUGCGAUAAACGGAUACGAUGUCAAUAACAAAGCAUAUAUAACGAGAAUCAGUUUGACCCCCAUCAAGCCGCAAAAAAUUGAAGCUACUCGUAUUGUGGAGACGAAGGCUCCAUCUGUUGAGUGCAAGAGCAUCGUGAACGCUGCAUACGAAAAGCCACUGCAGCUGAAGUGCAAAGUCAGCGGCUACCCGAAGCCGGUCGUUAUUUGGGAGUCUGAUGACAAAUCUGCUGUUCUCGAGCAUUCUGAAUACACCAUGGAAUUCCCGUACGAUUACAUCAGUGUACUGGAAAUAAGUAAAGUAACAAAAAAUGGAACUUAUACCUGCAAGGCUGUGAACAGUGUGGGCAGCGAUGAAGGAAGAACCACUAUUCAAACUAAAUUAAAGAGCUUCUUCAAAGUCGUGGCUUUUCCUAAAGAUAUUAGCGUGGAAUACCAGAAAUCAGUGACAAUCCCCUGCAAAGUUAACGCCUACCCACCAGCAAGAGCAUUUUGGUAUAAAGACCACAAGCCGUUGAAACCGGAUGGAAACCUGGUACUGUCUGGAGAUGGGUCUACCCUCACGAUCCGGUCUAUGGAACCGUCAUUGGCCGACAAUUACAGAUGUGAGCUGAGGAAUGCCAGGAAAAAGAACAAAUACCCGUUUAGAGUGGAUAUUAGUGGAGUUGAAGAGCCAGAAAUAAGUAAGGAAGUUAGUAAAAUGGAGGCUUUGCAAGGUUCCUCGGUCGACAUUCGAUGCCAGGUACUCAAAGGCCAGCCAAAACCAAGGAUGCACUGGUACUACAAGAGUGCUGACGCUAUUGUCUACACACCCAUUGAUGAGGCCUCGGACACCAUACAUUUGCACAGCGUCGACGCAACCCACACAGGAUCGUACAGGUGUAUGGCUGAUAAUGUCAUGAAUUGGGACUCCCAUGAGAUCGAUUUGGUUGUGGAAUAUGAACCAUGGAUAUCAAGGCCACGUGUGACAUUAUUGACAACGAACCUCGGGGAGCCUGUGACGUUAACUUGUCUUGCUGCUGGAGAGCCGGCACCAAGCAUCGUGUGGAGACUCAACGGUGUGCCUAUACCGAGCACUGCUAGAUACAGUAUUUUCGCGGAUGGGACGCUUAGGUUUUUAGCUACUUCGUCAGAUGAGGGGGAAUACGAAUGUAAAGCGAGCAAUAAACGUGGAGUAGACAGCAUCAAAUACAAGUUAAAUGUUUAUGUUCCAGUCGAUAUUGAGUCUCCCAAGAACAGUUUCCUGGAACAGAUGGAGGGGUCUACAGUAACUUUGCCGUGCAGAGCGGACGGGGCUCCCAAGCCGAGCAUAACUUGGAUCCACCGCAGCAGAGACCCUGAAGUCAGACCCAGCCGAUUAGAGCCAAGCGACAGUACAGGAAGGUUACAGUUUGACAGGAUACUGUUGAGACAGGGUGGCGAAUACACCUGCGUGGCUUCCAACUCCAGAGGCUCCAAGAAUAUUACGUACGAGGUGGAAGUGCUAGCACCGCCUAAAAUUUACUACACGGCAAAAGAGUUCGAAGGAGUAGUAGGCGAUAUGCAGCUUAUGAUUCCCUGCAACGCCACCGGAAACCCGAAACCGGACAUAACUUGGGAGAUGGGACCGUACCAUAUUGCUUCAGGUUCCAAAUGGUUUGAUAUCAGUGCAGAAGGCAGUCUUAUUAUUAAGAAUGUUGACAAAGCGUCUAGCAAGUUCUACACAUGUAAAGCUUCCAACGAUUUUGGACAAACACAAGAAGAUUUUAAUGUUGUAGUUGAUGAAUUUCCAGAACCAGGAUUACUUUCUAACGAAUUCAAGCUGAAAGAAGGAGAAUCAGCCAAUAUCCCGUGUAGUGUUCCGCAUAAGAAAACUGACAGAGUAUUAUGGUUUAAGGACGGUAAACUUCUGCCUUCAUCCGACCUAAUCCUGCACGAUGUGAUUGAGUCAGACUCAGGAACUUACACCUGUCGGGUCAGUUCCGUGGACCGACCAGCUCAGAGCGGCUCCACCAGGGUUGAAGUUGGCAUCGAACCACGCUUCGACUAUCCUGAUGAUGAGAAGAACAUCGCCUACAAGUACGGAGAAGUUGCCACCAUGGACUGUACGGCUUCUGGAGUUCCGGAACCGGAGGUAAAAUGGUACCACGAUGACAGAGAGAUAAGACUGAAAGAGUUUAGAUAUGACUUGGAAAUGUAUAGCGAUAAAGACAAGGGUCGCUACACUUGCACCGUCAGCAACUCACAUGGGACAAUUAAGCAAGAAUUUGUUAUUUCAUCAUUUGAAUGCCUUUUGGAUGUAACAUAUUUUGAUAAAAACAGUCCCUUAAUGUUAACGCCCUAUAAUAAGGUGCCUAGUUUUAAAACCAGUGGCGUCUACAUGCGUAUACCUAAAGACGAAACCAUCAAGUUGGUAUGCCCUUCGUACUUCCGCACGACCCGUUUAAGAGAAAUGGCCCUCACUUGCGAAAAUGGACAACAAUUUAUACACGAGUCGACUGGUAGACGCUACGCUUACUCAGACCUUAAAUGCAGAGAGAUGUGGCAGCCAAGAGUUAAAAGAACGAAGCGACAAUGUGCAAAGAGAAAUGCGGAAAUUUUAAACAUUGGUUUUGAGACAAGAGAAACGUUUCAAACAGUUUACGAAGUGUGCCUUGACAAGAAAUCAGAGAAUCCUAUUUAUACAAAACUUAAUAUGCAACCAUCGCUAGCUAAUUUUGUAACUAAUAACGAUACUGCUUGGUUUAACUAUGGUUCUCCAGUGGACUUGGACGGUUUGUACGAUUGUGCUAGUCAAAACGCGGAGACUUCAGCGAUUUUGAACAAGGAGUUUAGAAGUGACGGGUGUUGUUUUGCGAAGAGAAUGUUGGUGAAUCCCUCGGACGUUGCUCCUGGGUUGCAGAGCGCUACAUUCACCCAUCUGAAUGUCGCGCCACAUUGGGGCACUUGUAACUCUAAGAACUGGGAGGAAGUAGAGCGCCGAGUCAGAAAGCUGGUAUUGUCUGCGGACCGGACGCUACAAGUGUUCACCGGUUCAGCUGAUGACCUUGAGCUACCCGACGCCUACUCCAGACCGAAGAGUGUGAUUCUUCACAGUAGAGGAAACGAUGUCCAAGUUCCGAGGUAUUUGUGGAAGGUAGUCCAAGACCCGACCACCAAGAGUUCGUUAGCCAUCGUUCAAGUGAACGUGCCUGACCUGAAGCUAUCGGAGGCUCGUAGCUACCAGCUCUGCAAUGAUGUCUGCAAAGACGCUGAGUGGAUGCAGUACAGACACUGGCGCAACGUUCACCACGGUUUCACAUAUUGCUGUAGCUUGGCCGACUUCGAGCGAGCGUUCCGAUACCAAGGCGCGUUCCCAGACUACAAGAACUUGCUUCUAGAAGUUUCUGAACUGCCCGAUGACCAUUAUUUACACGCUGCGUGAGAUUUUUUAGUAUUACUUAAUUAUGCGAUCUGUGAUGUGAUGUCUGCUGUUUGAUGAAAUAAAUGAAUUUCAAAAU